AUGAUGAGUGCCAACGCACCAGAUACUCCUGUACAGGCAGAAGUAAUAUUUGUUAUAGAAGCUACUUCAUCGAAUGGAGCGUACAUAAAUGAACUGAAAACAAAUUACAUUAUACCCACUUUAGAGUAUUUUCAUGGUGGGCCUUUAGAAGAUGGUGGAGGCACUGGCUCUGUAUACUGUGUAGUCACAUACAAAACUGCCAACUGCCAUCCUGCAUGGCCUACUGACACAUAUGGACCAUUCAAAUGCCCACAGGAAGUUAUAGCAGCCAUUGAUAAGUUAAAGUUUGUUGGUGGUCAUGCUGAAUCUCGCGCAUGUGUUAUUGAGGGUCUUUCAACAGCGAUACAAUGUUUCGAAGAAUUAGGUCGGACAGAUUUACCGAUGCAUUUAUUAUUACUAUGUUGUUCUUCACCGUACGCAAUGUACGCCGGAGGUCUGGUCCCUGCAGGUGAGCCAGCGACUGUGGAGCAGGCGGCUCGGCAAUUAGCUGAGCGAGGAGUACAAGUGUCUAUAGCAGCAGCUAAAAAAAUAUUAGCACUAAAUCCGCUAUAUGAGCUCGCCGGUGGUGAUUUACACCAGGCGCAGCAGAGGAAUUUUGCGAAAGACCCAAGACACAUGGUGCUGCUAAGAGGCUACAGUCUCAAAGAAAGACCUCCUAGUCCAGCUCCACCGCCUGUUCCCGACAUACAAGGAGAAGUAUACCCACAAGGACGCGCUGUACAAAGCGUGGCCGCUGUCCAGGGUGGCCGCCCGCCGGCGCCACUGUUCCCGCGCGCGCAAGUACCGGGCCCAUCUAGAGCCGGCUGGGCGGCUAGACAUACCGCAUAUCCUAACCAAUCCGCGCUACUCACGCAGCUGGCUCAGCCAUCGUAUCCACCGCCACAAGUACCGCCGCAAGCUGGUCACCAGCGUAUGCCGGGUAUAUUGGCAACGCCGGGCCCAAGUACGUCGACUACGCCCGCCGCUCCGCAGCGCAGUUUCAUAUGGAGUGGCAUCAUAGAGUGGAUGGAGAAAGGAAAAGCUCCAGGUGAUCAGCAGAAGACCACCAGACAUCUCCAAUGUCAGGUGUCAGCAGGAUCUAAAGAAGUGGAGCCUGAGUUGAAGGUGGAUACAUGGCCCAACAAGUUGCUGAUGCAGCUGAUGCCGAAGCAGCUCAUAAGCAAUAUAGGCGGGCAGUACCUUAAAGAUAGCAAGUCCGUGUUGUUUCACCUUCAACCUUGUGAAGCUCUUGAUGCACUCACUAAAGUUAUGGUUAAUGGAUUUGCGGGAUGCGUACACUUCUCACUGAUGUCGUCGCCGCCUCAAUGCGACAUCAAAGUGUUAAUAUUAUUAUAUACACCGGACAAGAAGGCGUAUCUCGGAUUCAUACCCAACAACCAGGCCACAUUCGUCGACAGGCUCAGAAAGGUGAUACAACAACAGAAGAUAACACAGAUAAUUAACAAACAAUUACCGCCAGCGGGCGGAGCUUCGCCCGGUAUGUCACCUGCUUUACCUAGCUCCACAAUGGCAGCUACAGGAGCACUCCCGGCAGCGGGAAUGUCUCAAGCGAACAUGGGGGCGGGAACUAGUAUGGCGGGGACAUCGAUGCCGGGCACUAGCAUGCCAGGCACUAGCAUGCAAGCAGCUAGUAUGCCCGGCACAAGUAUGCAACCGGGCGGUAUGCAAGCUACUGGCAUGCAAGCCGGUAGUAUGCCCGGCGGCAGUGGACUCGCCGCUGGGAUGCCACAAGUGGGACAAAUGCAGGCAGCGGCUGGGCAAGGGUUGCCGCAUCCACAGGGCAUGAUGAUAAACACCGGGAUGGGUGGGCAAGUUCCCCAAGUGGGUGGUAAAGGCCCCCGCCCUGUGACCCAACUGGACGGCUUGGAAGCCGCCAGGCAACAGAACCUUGAGAAGAUCCAGCAUUUGCAGCAAACCCUAGAGGCUGCUCAUCAGCAGCAGUUCAAAUCCCAGAUGGAUAUCAUGACGCAUCUGCACGCGGCACAGCAACAGGAGCAGCACUAUAAACAACUUGAGGAGCAACGCAAGCAUCAGAUUCAGCAACAGUUACAGCAACAGUUGCGCGGCGGCGCGGCCACGCACGCUGCGCACGCGGCGCACGGCACGCACGCGGCGCACGCAGCGCACGCGGCGCACGGCACCAGACCGCUCAUGCGGCCGCUCCUACCCUCCAAUCCUGGCCUGCGACAUUUACUGCAACAGCAGCCACAAUAUAGACCUGGCGGUGGCGGACCUCGCCCCCCCUCAACGCAACAGUUCGACGACGUUAACAGCUACAACGAUUUCCUAUAA